CGGGGGGUGCCCCGCGCCCCGCCGCCCUCCCACGGCUGCCAGCCUGCUCCCGCCGCCGGCUGGCUGCACCCCGGCUCCCGCCUCGUUUUAUGGUCGUGGGGAGGGAGGGGAAAUCCCAAGCCAGCUGCGUAAAUGAGUAUGGAAGAUUAUGAUUUCCUCUUCAAAAUUGUUUUAAUUGGCAACGCUGGUGUGGGGAAGACCUGCUUAGUCCGUCGCUUCACUCAGGGGCUUUUCCCACCAGGUCAAGGAGCCACGAUUGGGGUUGACUUUAUGAUUAAAACUGUGGAGAUCAAUGGUGAAAAAGUAAAGCUGCAGAUCUGGGACACGGCAGGACAAGAGCGAUUCCGGUCCAUAACGCAGAGUUACUAUCGCAGCGCCAACGCGUUAAUACUGACGUAUGACAUAACCUGUGAGGAGUCCUUCCGAUGUCUUCCCGAGUGGCUGAGAGAAAUAGAGCAAUACGCCAGCAACAAGGUCAUAACUGUGCUAGUCGGUAAUAAGAUUGAUUUAGCUGAUAAGAGGGAAGUGUCCCAACAAAGAGCUGCAGAAUUUUCUGAAGCGCAAGACAUGUACUAUCUGGAAACCUCUGCAAAAGAAUCAGAUAAUGUGGAAAAACUCUUCCUGGACUUAGCUUGUCGGUUGAUCAGUGAGGCACGACAGAACACCCUUGUGAACAAUGUGGCAUCUCCGUUACCAGGAGAGGGGAAAAGCAUCAGCUAUUUGACUUGCUGUAAUUUUAAUUAAAGAGCAGGCACGUGAUUCCCUGUCCUCCGUGGGCCAAGAGGAUUGUUUUUCUGGGAUUCAUCUCCUUUAAAGGAAUUCCUGCCAAUCUGUGACCCAUCUGACUUACCGUGAGUCGGGUUGCAGAUCUAGAAGCACGGCAGGCUGACAGCUCCAGCUGCAUGGCAACAUAGCAGAAUAUAACAUGGUUUAAUUUUAAUUUUUUUGCAGUCGCUGGAGUUGGAUAGGAAAAGAAGAAUUGUACAAGGUGCUUCAUGAAAUGGAGAACAUGAGCUGCUGUAUUUCCUUCUUUAGGAGACUAGAACAGCCUCACUUGAAGAUACUGAAGGGUUCAAAUGCUCUCUUACAGGACAAUGUGUUUGGUCCUUUUUAAAAAAAGAAAGAGAGGAAAUGAAUGCUGACCCUGGACUGUACUGGCAAUCUUGUGGGCUGCCAGCCAAUGAGUUUUUAGGACAUGUUUGUAGAGUCUGUCCACACAUCUUCAUGGAGGACUCUGGUGUUUGAAACAGUAUUAUCUCUCUUAUCUACAGGCACUUUCAUGAACAUGAAAUCUAAAAAGAAAAGAAAGAAUAGUUAUAUAUAGCAACACUUCCAAACAAUGGUUUGAGAAGAGAUAUGGAUACAACUCCCUUGCUCCCCUUGGUGCUACCAGUUCAGCAAGUAUUCCAUAGACCAAAUGUAGUCUUACUACAUUACUGUCCUCUGAAUGUGUAAGUUAGAAUAAUUAGGAAAAAGAACACUAAUAAGCACUGUUCAUUUAAAAAAGAAAAAAAAAAACUCAUUACCUCUUUUUCUAGCCUGAACAUGGUGGGUAGGGACUGUGCUUUUUUGACAUCCAACAUAGGAUGAAAAGACUUUCCAGAAAUAAUAAUAAAAAAAAUAACAAAUUCUCCUCCUCCCUACUUAGUAAUGUCCUUAUGUGAAAAAUUUGGGAAAUUUUAUUACUGGAGUUGGAAAAAAUGCGCCAGACCUGACCAGAAUAUUGCGUGUGCAUUGAUUGUAUAUAAGGGUUCAAAGAGAGCACAGUUUUAAAUGGCAGUCUGCAAUAUGUUUGAGUAAAUAUAAAGCUUGUAGAUACCGUUCUUGUUGAGAAGCAGGCAUACAGUUUUGUAGAAUUUUUUUUUUUUACGCUAAGUGGAAAUAGCAACAGGUUGCAAGUGGUAUCAUUCUGUGUCUAACUCAUCCAGCAAUCACCAUGUGGAACUGUACUCUGAGAAGCUCUUAAAGGUAUUUUCCUGGCAUCUAUUCUCUUUAGAGUAGCUUUCAGAUUCAGGGUUGUAGAGUCACUUAAUUUACUUGAUGCUUUGUAGUCUUACAUCUCAGACUCUGGUGUAUGUAUAACUGUUAAGGCAAUUUCUUUCUACAAACCCCCUGGAGUGGAAGCAUUAUGGAAUUUGUUAUUACACCUCUAGUGCCAUACUCUAAUAAUGCAUUGCAAAUUUACAUGUUGACGUUAAAGCAAAAUUAGAGGAGAGGUUAAUACGCACAAGAACAAUGUUUUUUAAAAAAAGUUUGACAUCAGUUUAGCUAGUCUGGAUGAAACUUUCCUGAUAAUAACAUGGGUGUGAUAUGCUAUAAGUUAGAACUAAUCAGCUUAAUAUCAUUUGGCACUUACUGGUGAUUAUAACUGAGCUUUUGUAUUGACAUAAAAAGCUGCCAACAAGUACUUCUUGAAGAUUAAAAAAAAAAAAAAACACUACCAUUUUUAAAUGCUUUUUUUUCAUUUUCCUAAAAAAGAAAAAAAAAACACACAACCAACCUUCUUUGGGCUAUAUCAUAUUGUGCCUUUGAUCUCCAAUGGAAACUAACUGUAUGUUUGUGUGUUUGAGAGAGAGAGGAGAGUACUGUAUAAUGUAGCCAUUUUAAUGAAUAUUUUUCUUGCCACUGUUUAGGUCACUUCCUUCUUUCAUAAGUUGUGGUCAAAAUGCAAUGUAGAAGUUGUGGUACAAAACUUGUUUGUCACUUAAGUAACAUUUUAUGAAGUGCUGCUCUAAGUGUUAAAUGCUGGGGAAAUGUCACACUGGCUUCUACUGGUUCUUUUUAGUCUCUGCUCAUGCGGUAACCCAGAGGAUUUAGAAAUGCAUGGGACUACCAACUCCGAAAGACCAUUCAGCUCUGAAAGAGCUGAUUCUCUAUAGCUCUUAGUAUUUGUUUAAAGCAAGACUCAUGAGGUUAUAUGUAAGAUAAUACUGGAGUUAGAAAUCAAUAUUACAUACAUUUAAUCUGUAAAAGUUCUUACUCUGCAGAUGGUGGACCUUGUCAGAAAGCAUAAAACUUACUAACAAAGAAGGCAGGGCUAUUUGAUCAAGGUAAUCAAGGGGGAAAGAGACUGCUCACUGCAGCACGUAUGGGUGGCCUUAUUUUCCAAUAGCAUCAAAGCUUCAGGUAUAACUGUCCAACACCCUCUUCAUCUACCCAAUCUUCCAAAACAUUCCUCUGCGAAAUUUGGAAGCUAUUGGCUGCUUUCAAACUGACUUGACAGAGAGGCCCAUCACCUCAGCCUGCAGAAGUUUCAGAAGUUUCUGUGUGUUUUUGAAAGCUGUUAGUUAAGUAUGAGAGAGCCGAAUUUGUGCCCCACAGAAGGAAAGAUAGAGACAACUCAGCCUUUAACUGUUUGUUUUUCUGGCCAGGCAACACAUGCAGAAAAAGCUCUGUGAGAUAUAUACACCUCUGUGAUAGAGCUAUCCUAACUGGAUGACCUUCCUGCGGCUUAAGAUCAAUGCUAAUAAACAUAAAUGUGUUGCUAGUGAAAAUCAGAAUAUUAGAGAAAUAUUUUUGAGCAUCACAUCACUGAGGGAAUGAUGUUAAAACACCAGUGAGAUGGGAAUAAAUGGAGAAUGAAUAAUGAUUGUAGGCAUAAACCUGAUUUUUGAGUUGGACAGGUACUGUUUAUUCCUGCUGAGUACCAUUACAAAUGCAUUUUAAAAUGCUCCUUGCAUCGUCUUUGGAGAUUGAACACUAAUGCAUCAUCAUGACUGAACAAGCGGAAUUGAUCAAAUAGCGAAAAUUGCUCACUUUAUUUACUUGAAUAUUCACUUGGAGGUUUCUAAAAGGCUAAGUCUCUUCUCAGUGCUCUCCUACCCCUUAGCUGAUGAUUUUGUAUACUAGCUGCCUCCCAGUUGGCAAGUGUCUGUUCUGUUGCUAGCAAAUCUUUCAAGAAUUCAAUCUCCGGACAGUGAUGUGCUAUUCCAGUGAAGUGCUGCAACUGAAUUGACAGGGCAAUAAGGUAAAUUUCUUCUCCACGGACAAAUCUGAAAUCCUUCUUUUCAAAAUUUAUUCUGGGCCCGAGUGCUUUAAGUCUUUUAGGAGUGCAGAUUAUUACAGGGUUGAAAGGAAACUGGUUACAUGGUCAGUGCUUUAAGGCUGUAUGCCAAAGUUGUAGUUUGAAACUUGCCUCCCCCCCCAAGUUAACAAAAACUAGCUGUUUGGUAAGUGACAUUUUGUCAUGAUAACUCCUUUGCAGGAGUUAUUUUUAUGCAUUUUAAUUUUUAUCUUUAGUGCAUAGAACCCACUUCUCCUUGUGGGUUUGAGGGCUAAUCUCUUCUGCAAUCUGGUCCUCUGCUGAAGGCUUUACAACUAGAAGAGGAGCUUUAUCAACUACAAAUGACAAUUUAACAUUGUGGCACGUUGGUCAAAGAGUUGAAAAAUACCAGGAGAUUAAAAAAAAAAAAAAAAAACUCUCAGUUUUAUGGCAAUCAUCUCUCCAUCUAUGGCAAACACCUUCUAGCUAGAUGAAGGGACUUUUGCAAGAGAAGAGUAAGGAAAAACUAUGAUGCUUGCUGGGGCAAGGGUCCAAAAACUGCACAAGAGAUAUGGUAGGGCCAAAUAUGACUGGAAAUGUUCCCUACUGAUGAGAGUAUAAGAUGCUGGCUUUAGUGCAGUUGCUAAAUGCUGAUGUGUUUUUCAAGACAAUAUAGCCACAGUCAUGGAGUUAUCUUAUUUCUGAGUGAACAUAAAAUUUUAUAGUAGUCUCAUAAUUACAUUAUUUGUUCUUUAAACCUCUUACUAUGACUAGCUCCAAGGAGAAGCCAAUACGUAUGUUCAACACGUGUUUGCCUGCAGACAAAGCAGACCUGUUUGGAGAGAUUAGUAAAGGCACCUUCUGAAAACUAGAUGAUCGAAACUCUUUUUUCAGAUUAGCUGCUGAUUUAGUCAAGCUGAUCUUGGAAAAACCACUACAUUUUCUGUGCUUCAGAUCACUAUCUGUAAAGUGUUCUCACUAAUACUUUGCAUUGGCUGUUUACACCACAAGUUUCCUGAAGCUGCAGCUGCCUUCUGUUCCUAGUUGUAUUUCCCAUAAGAAAGAAAGCGUUAAGGAAAAGCUUCUUAACUCCUCUUCAGGAGAAAGACAAGGUCAAGAGUUAUGAUGGAAAUAGUGAAAGUUUGAGCUCUGAAAAGAACAGGGUGUUUUACGUCCCUUCCCACUUCUCACAUUGAGAUUCUGAUUCGACUGCCAGGUAAGUCACUGGCGCAUGCAGUCAGUUACCUGCCUGUGCUGAAUGCUAAAUGACUUUAUGAUUACUAUUCAAUAAAAACACAUAUAACAUUAUCAGAAAGGCUACUUGGGUUUUGCUGUAGAAUGCAUGAAACAGCUCUUAAUCCAUUAGCCUGUUAGUGCUGUUUGUCUCUGGAAACAGCUAUAGCAGUUACAGUCUGCUCCUGCUAGUCUGGGUUGACUGGUUAAUGGCUAUUGAAUUCCUUCAGCAUCAGCAAUAAUAGCAGCAGACUGAGGUUCACACUGCAGACAGUGGUUUGAAAAGAGGGAAAGUGGAAAUUAGUGAUGCAGGAGGAGAGUGGGUGCACACAUGUAGGACAACAGCCUUUCCUGAGUUUUUGCUGACAAGGGAUGUGAUUAGUUGUAGUCAAUACUAGGUUUUGCCCUGUUCACUAUCCCUAAGGACUGCUGUUUGUUCAGCUGCUUUUCCACUUGUCCUCUUUUCAGCAUGAAGAGCUGUCCGUAAAUCCUGCUAAGAUAUUGAGCUGGCAAAAUUCUAUGUUCAGAGACAGAAUUCACUUAGAAAAUGAGCAAAACUCUCAAGCUAGUGAAGUACCAGAGUGAGCAUGCAAGAUGCACUGCCCUGGGGAGGCUGUGGUGCCAUCACAGAUACGGCCAUGAGCACAAACAGAGCCACCCUCUCGUGGCUAAUAGCCAAUACUGCAUGAUUUUGAUUGCUCUGGAUUUUAAUAAGAGAUGCUUUGAAUUCGACUUUCAUCUGAGUUCUUUAGGAUUCUCUGCUUCCAAUAUCAGGGUAUCCAGUAAUCCUCAUAGGUGCUGCUCCUAUAAAUAUAUAGAAGAAUAUAUAGAAGAAGAAUAUAUAUACAGAAGACCUUUUUGAGUUUAUUCAGUUAGAAAAGUUGUUCUUUGAGGAAACCUUGUGAAUUCCUAGUGAGUAAGAAAUUGUCUGAAAUGUUGAUGGUCAUAAUUUAGGAUUUGUUUUGGCUAGGAAAAUGGGCGACAAGGUCAUCACACUGAUGUGAAUUCAUGAUGCAAGACUCCAAACGUAGCCUGCUGUGUUGAUCUGACUUACCGUCUUAAUCACCAAGCUGAACUGUCCCAAAGCCUCCUUUUGCUACGCUGCACUAUGUCUAGCUGAGAUAAUUACCAGCUCUCAUCACUCAUGAAUGCAACCACUCCACCAUGUGCAUGAGCUGCAACUAAAACUAUACGUAAAAACUGUGUGCCAUGUGAGUUAAGUUUGGUUAAAGCUAGGAGCUGCAGAUCCAGAGAAAAGCUCGCCUCUGAUGCAUUUAGCUCCAAAUACAGCAACUUGGGAUAAAGUAGAAGCCAAGAUGACAGCAUGAGUAUAACUAGGCUCUAAAUGUUGUCAGUGAAAGCUUAUUGUGGUUUUAAGAGUGUAGCCAUGGUUAGCAGUUCAGCUCAUCUGUCCAUGGAUAACAGGACUGGCUAUGGUGUAUACUCUUGAGUCUCUCUCUGUUUUAGCAUUAAUGGCUAGUUAUUAAUGUUUCCUGGAUAUGAACAGUUUCUUUGAAGUUCUUUUCCAGCAAGGUUUUAUGGGACCAAUGUGAGAGAUUCGGAUGUUAAGAGCCAUUGGAGGUUUGGAGUAAGUAAGUAAAUUACCAGUAUGAAGGUGGACUCUGUUCUUAAUCCAAUGAGAUGUGCCAACUGAUGUGAAGAGUCUUUCUGAGCUGCCACUUUUGCCGUGAGGUGACUAUCUCUGAGGGGCUGGGCUACAUCAUUGGCACCAGCUUUAGUAAAUGUAAUGGUCUUGAUGUCCCCAGCAGCCAAGCUGUUACAGGGAAAGAGGAAGAGGGGAAUAUUGUUUUGGUAUUUUAAUGGAGUAAGAGCAAAACAACAAGGAAAGUAACAGUGAAUUCAGGCACUGCUGUUGCCUCAACUCUUGCAGGCUCUUUGGAAAGAAAGCCUUACAGCUGGUCUUCUCAAACAGUCAGCACUGAAGGAAAAAAAAAUGAAAGCUACUUAAGCCAACAUUUUUGGGGAAAAAGGGGCAAUCUAAUGUGACAAGUGAGUAAGCCCUGAGCUUGCUUGUUAAAUGAUUUUGAGCUACAAGUCUAUCUCUGAAUAUUAGAGAAAGAGUUUAAAAUGUACUAUGGGUUUUCAACAUAACAAGAUGCAUUGCAGAUAUGUCACAUUCACUUCAUUCCCCACAGAUGUUUACAAAAGAAAAAAAAAUCUGAGACUGGAGCAGCUGCAGUCACUCAGCUGUCAAUGUGGCACGAGGCUCUUUCUGCUCCUUUUCAUUUCCACUUCACUCUGUUCUGUGGCACGUAUUCGGCUGUUCUGUGAAUUUGCAGAUUAUGAGAUUUCUUUUCUGACUGCCUUUGAUCUAUGCAGGCUCACCCAGCUCUCCUUUGAAUUCAUUAAUACUUUCGAGUAGGCAUUUUAAUUUUAUGUUUAAUGGCUUGUCCCCCUUUGUAAUGUUACCUAACUGACAAGUUCUUCAUAUUCUGUGUUUUGUUUAGAUUGAGUCUAAAAUGUUUCCUCUUUCCCAAGAGCUACAAUAAAUUUUAGAGAUUUAUAAAGGGUUUUUUCUUCCACAGAAGAGAAAGCUGAUCUAUCUUCAGCUUUGAUUACUAAUAAAUCAGUAAUGAAGCAUGUAAUUGCUUUUACAGCAUGAACUAAGUACAUUUUAUACCAUCAGCUGUAGUUUGAAUUGCAGAUUAAAAGCUUGCUUACAGGCUAAACCCAGCAUUCUGUUUGCAGCUUCCAUGCCAGUGAAGCCACAGGAUUAAAGGAAUUUCCUGGAUUGGAGAUUUUCCCACACAUUCAGCUGUUCUUUAAAGAUCUGUUCUUUUUUUCCCAACAAUAAUGAGUUCUGCACAAUGUAUAGCAUUUCAGUAAGAAUCCUGAUUUGUUUAAACGUUCUAAACACAUAGCCAGAAGGAUGAAGAGAUGACACCUUUCUUGUUGAUCAAGCACAACCAUUUCAGUGGUGAAAAUGCACUACAUUCGGUCAGAGCACUUCUCUUCAGUUGCUGGAAUAUUGUCUUUGGAAAAAGUAUAGGUGUUAGCAAAUUGCCAAACUGUGAAUCAUUAAACUGUCAGAAGCAUUUGACUUGUCUGUUUUUUAACUUCUUGUUGUCAAGUGUGGUACAGUGGGGUUGAGAAAGGAAUGUAUUUUGGAUGACCAGGAUGAUGAAUGUAUGAAGCUUCAUGUUUAUUUGUAAUGUCCUUUUUAUACUUAGGAAUUGCUUACAUAUGUAUCUGUAUGUAAAUAAAUGUUUAAUCCUUUCCA